GAGGUUCUUUCUCAAACUCCUUGAACAAAUCUAACCCAGGAUGAAGCUUUCUAAAGCCUGGUGGGUUGGGCUGUCACCUGUUGCUAGCAACAAACCACAGUCGCUUGGACACUGGAGGGUGCACACGUACAUAUAGCGGAGAGUUCUGGUCCGUGUAGCAGAUAGCGAGAGUGAAGCUUUAUGUACGGAAACACCGUUACGAGCUCAAACACGAUGGCGACAGAAAUCCCCAGCGAGUUUGGUCUGGACAUGGACGAGCGAGAUCCCAACGACAUCAACGGCCACACUAAGGUGCUGUUCGAUGACGUAUUCGCAGAGCCGGAGGGCACGCACAGCGCGGACGGCGUCUGGCGCUGGUCCUUCAAGUGUUACAACGGGAGUAAGUCCUGCUGUUACAAGACCCUGACGUACAUCUGCGCCCUGCCCAUCGCCUGCUGCUGGGGCUGCGAGUUCGCCUGUCUCAGCUUCUGUCAGAUCUGGGCCAUGGUGCCGUGUAUCAAGACCUGCAACAUCACCCUGGCCUCCGUCAAAAAGGUCUGGGGGUCGGCCGUGCGCACCUGUCUCGAUCCCUGCAACGAGUCCUGUGGGCUCUGUCUCAGCAGCAUCAAAAUCACACAGCAAUCGGCAUAGAGACUGGCUCACAAAGAAACGUACUCAAGUGCACAGAAGACAGUAUAUCAAGACUUGUAACAUCACCUUGGUGUCAACUGACUUCAGACGGGUGCCGAUGUCGUAAACAUUGUCCCUUCGUUCUGUGCUUUAAUGUCACUGUGAUAACCUAACACAUAGCAACACGUAGCUUUGACAAACUUGUGGAUGCGUGUACUCACUUUUGCUCAAACUUUCAAAGCAGAGUCAGUAUGUAGUUUUGCGAUGAUUGAAACGAAAUUGUUACCAUCACGCGCUCUAGCGUUGUGCCGCUUGUCUAUAUAGCUAGUACUUACCUAUUUCUUCUGCUUACUUGCUUUAGAAAAAGUUUCAUGCACAUGUAACGUACGUACAGCUUAGCUGGCAUUUCACUGCUUCAUCUCCAGAUUAAGGUUACUAGAUGACAGCCAGACGAACUUCAUCUUUUAAGAUGUUCUAAGGGAUUGCCAUUUUUGUACAUUUAAAAUUAAAGAACAAAUGCCAUA